GCCGUCUUCUAGUCACUCAAGGUCGUACCGACGAGAGGUAAUACCAACCUGUGGCUGUCUGAAUUACCUACCCUAGUUGGUGCCCAUCAGGCUGCGCUCGACGAGGCUAUAAUUUGUGGACGAACCAAUCAAAUUUACGAUAACAGGUCGGAUGGCUCCUGUAAGGAAAACUAUCUCUUCUCGACAUCCUUCUGAUCGCUUUUCCAAGAAGCAUAUUCGUAACGAGGAUGGGUCAGUAUUGGUUGUAAGCAAGAAAAUGAAGAACAUAAUAAAACAAGACCUUAAAGCACAAUCCAUAACUAAUAUGCUAACUGACGAUCCUAAUUCCGAAGAUCAUUCGAACCCUUCCCAAUCGUCUUUUAAACACGCCUUAAAUCCAUAUAUUGAAUGUAGUGAUAACAACAGUUUGAGUAAACCUUGCACUCGUUUAUCACCUAAUAAUACUAAUAUGCAUCGAAUUGUCAAAAAAGUUCCUCGUAAAAAGCGUCUCAAAUCUAAAUUGCAUUCUCAUUUUAAUCGCAAUCAAAAUUUAAAAUCAACCUUACUUUCUAUGGAAAAAGAUAUAAAAGGAGAAUCUCGUGAAAAUCAACAAUCGAUAGUGCACUUUUCUACCGAUCAGUCAGCUUUCGUAAAGUCAAAUGGAAUGCGUAUUCAAAAGUCAAAAUUGAAAUCCUCACAAAACCAACAAUCAAACGUUGGCGAUAAUUAUAUUGAAGAAAAAAGACCAUCAUCAAUAGAUAUUGUCAAUUCCUUUCGCAGCUUACUACAACAAUUUUAAUGGAUAUCUCUUUUUGUUGUUGUUGAUUGUUUUACGAACUAGUUCUCGAAAUAGAUCAGAUCGUUUGUAGAUUAUAACAGUAACUGUAAAUUUGAUGAUUGAUAGUGUCUUGGAAUUGUUUUUGUAAAUAAAUAAGUUACAUGAAUAAAACUGUAUAUACUAA